UUUCUUCAAUUUCUAUCAUCCAAAAAAAAAAAAAAAUGUCCUCAAAUUCUUCCCAAAAUUCACUAAAAACCCUUUGCUUCUUCACAUUAAUUUUCCAAUUAGUCAACUCUAAUUCAUUAAAGUCAACCCAUCAAACUACAAAGCUAGAUGAAUCACUCACAUAUAUAUGGCCUUUACCUUCUAAAUUCACUUCCGGUAACAAUACAAUUACCGUUAAUCCAAAUUUAACACUUGAUUUUACCGGUAAUACCGGUAGUGGGUCAGGUGUUAUUGAAGAAGCAUUUGAGAGAUAUAAGAAGAUUAUUUUUAAACAUGGUUCUAAUAAGUUAUCUAAAACUGGUGAUUAUUUUGAUGUUAAUAAAGUUACUGUCAUUGUUCAUUCCGAUAACCACGAGUUGCAACUUGGUGUUGAUGAGAGCUAUUCGUUAUUGGUGUCAAAGAGCAAUGAACAUUCAAUUAUCGGGGAGGUCUCUAUUGAGGCAAAUUCUGUUUAUGGUGCACUAAGAGGACUUGAGACCAUGAGUCAGUUAUGUACCUUUGAUUAUGGGGUUAAAACAGUACAAAUUCACAAGGCUCCGUGGUUUAUUCAAGACGAGCCUAGAUUUGCAUAUCGCGGGCUUAUGUUAGAUACGUCACGGCACUAUUUGCCAAUUGAAAUUAUCAAGCAAAUUAUUGAAUCCAUGUCCUAUGCUAAACUUAAUGUUCUUCAUUGGCACAUCAUAGAUGAACAGUCAUUUCCUCUAGAAGUGCCUUCAUACCCAAACUUGUGGAAAGGGGCAUAUACAAAGUGGGAACGCUACACCGUCGAGGAUGCUAUUGAAAUUGUUGACUUUGCAAAGAUGAGAGGUAUCAAUGUUAUGGCAGAAGUUGAUGUUCCCGGUCAUGCAGAAUCAUGGGGUGCAGGGUACCCUGAUCUUUGGCCUUCUCCAUCUUGUAAAGAGCCCUUAGAUGUUUCAAAAAACUAUACUUUUGAUGUGAUAUCUGGCAUCCUGUCAGACAUGAGAAAGAUUUUUCCAUUUGAGCUCUUCCACUUAGGUGGUGACGAGGUCAACACAUCUUGUUGGACAACUACGCCACACAUCAAGCAAUGGCUUCAAGAUAAUAACAUGACUUCGAAGGAUGCAUAUCAGUAUUUUGUACUCAGAGCUCAAGAAAUAGCUAUAUCACAAAACUGGACACCUGUUAACUGGGAGGAAACCUUCAACACAUUUCCGUCUAAACUUAACCCACGGACUGUGGUGCAUAACUGGUUAGGUGGUGGUGUUUGUCCAAAGGCAGUCGCUAGUGGUUUUAGAUGCAUUUAUAGCAAUCAGGGUUUUUGGUAUCUGGACCACUUAGAUGUCCCUUGGGAGGAAGUCUAUUAUGCGGAGCCACUGGAAGGAAUAAAGAGUAUUUCCAAGCAAAAACUUGUACUUGGAGGUGAAGUAUGCAUGUGGGGAGAAACCGCAGAUGCCUCUGAUGUUCAACAAACCAUAUGGCCACGGGCUGCAGCUGCAGCAGAACGGUUGUGGAGCGACAAGGAGGCCACAUCGUCAACAAAUACUACUUCAGCUGCAUUGCAGAGGCUGGAGUACUUUCGAUGCCUCUUGACAAGACGUGGUGUUCCAGCUGCUCCGGUUACAAAUUUUUAUGCUCGACGUCCUCCAUUGAGGCCAGGGUCAUGUUAUGAACAAUAACUAGUGUUGUAUCAUCAAGUCCGAUCUGUGUUCUGGAAGUGGUAAGUUUGAGAAGCUCGUGAUCUAGUAAAUCUUGUCAACUUGACGCUGCUGUAUAGUCUUCUGGACUUAUGAUGGAUCCCACUUUGAGAUUGUCUGUCGUUUAUUCGCUAGUUCUCGGGCUCUUCACUGUACUAUUAUGGUGUUUUGUUGGUGUGAAUAAGAGAAAACUGGAUUUUUAUUGCAAGACUUCCAUGCUUAAAGACUUUGGAUUUGGCAA